AAAAGUAGAGGAUAAAAAAAGAGUAGCCGUGGCCCUUGGGAGCCGGUGCUGGGGAGGCGAUCCAGUUGGACUCUUACAAGCUGGGCUCCUACGUGCCGAACCGAGCCGCCGGCAUGGAUGGGAAUGUGCAGGAGGAGCUGGAGCUGGAGAAAAGCAUCCGGCGGUUUCGGGAGAAAUUUCACGGGAAAGUCACGCUGGAGACAGCCGUCGCGUUAAUGAGGAGAUUCACCAAUAAUCAUGACCAAGUGUGCAAGUACAUCAUAUUGUGUAUGGAUAAUGAUACUGAUCUUGACGUGAGAAAUGAUUUAAGAAAUGACCCUGUUGCAAGAAAUGUCAUUAACAAAAUUAAGAGUGAUGACCAAAAAGCAAAGGAAAUGCCCAAAGACAAAGAUAUUAAGGAUUUAGCCAAGAGGAUGAACACCCUCCCUCUGACUGAGAAGAACCUGAAGAUGUUUAAUGAUGCAGCAGAGAACCGCAUCCCCUCCCGAGACAGACAGUUCGCUUGCAAAGAGUGCGAUUUCGUAUGGUGGAGGAGAGUCCCACAGAGAAAAGAGGUGUCCCGGUGUCAUAGAUGUCGAAAGAAGUUCGACCCGGUACCCGAAAACAAGAUGUGGGGGAUCGCAGAGUACCACUGCCCCGUCUGCAGGCGCAUGUUUAGGGGUUUCGGGCAGAUAGAAGUCAGCAGUCCGUGUUAUGUGUGUAGAAACCCUGUGCUGCCCAGCUGUAUCCUCCCACCUCGCCGGAACCAAGGCCCUCGAACCCGCAAUACUCACAGCUGUUUAGCCGAAAAUUGUUACAACCGAAGAGUACCCUUCGUUGCUGGCCUGCAGUGCGCCCAUCCAAAAAGCCGAAUCAUGAACCAGCUCCCCAAAGUGCUGCACCCCAGUGAGCCCCACAUCAGUACAGGCUCCACCAUAGCAACCUGCCUGAGCCAAGGGAGUCUGACCGAAAACGAUAUUGAUGACAUCAUACUGGACGAUAUCAAGGAGGAGGAAGAGGAUGAGGGAAGUGAUGACAGUGAUGGCUAAGGACACGUGUUUAUUAGGUACCCGCUGGCCGAGCGUAAGUGGAGAGUGGCUUGGCCAGACCGAGACCAAAGCCCAACACUGUCAGAGCCUCUCCAUAUAACCUGUAGGCCACUGGCUUGCUUCUGUUUAAUACUUAUCUCUCUCCUGGCUGCAGAUUAGAACAUACUCAUUUCUAUUUCAGUUCCUGUAAUUUCAGUUUAUCAGUGUACCUAGUGCAGACGAAAGCUGAGUCACAUUGGCUUAGCCAGCAGAAGUGUAGGGACUACGUUCCCAUAGUGCCUUAAUCUUUUUCACAAGUAACCAGAACUGGUCCAUACAACUCACACUUCAUAUAUCCUUCACCAGCAGGACUUCAUACUCGUCUUAAAGCUUCAUUUGCUCCAUAUAUUUAUCAAUAUAAUCUUUUACUUUAAAGCCUUAUCCUGCUCCACAAAGUCCUCUUGGCUCUCCAUGUAAGCCUUCCCUAUAGACCUUGUUGCUGCAGAUAUUUCCUAUCUAUAACCCCUCCCUAUAACUCCUCCUAUUGCUCCAUAUAACCCUUCCCUAUAACUCCUCAUAUUGCUCCAUAUAACUCCUCCCUAUAACUCCUCCUAUUGCUCCAUAUAACCCCUCCCUAUACCUCCUCCUAUUGCUCCAUAUAACCCCUCCCUAUAACUCCUCCUAUUGCUCCAAUUAACUCCUCCUAUUGUUCCAUAUAACUCCUCCCUAUCACUCUUCCUAUUGCUCCAUGUAACUCCUCCUAUUGUUCCAUAUAACCCCUCCUUAUUACACUUCUGGUCAAACUCCUCCUACUUCUCAAAAUGACACUUGAUUUAGGUGCCUGUAGCAGAAGCCAGAGUUAGACAUGAAUGUAGCACUUAUUGCUUUUAGCAGAUUUGCGUCUGCAUCUUUUGCUGCAAAAAAAGCAUUGGCACUUAAGCCCCCUAUAAGGGUCACUUUCCAUUUCAGUUUCUCUUUUUUGAAGAUGUAUAUAUUUGAAAAAAAAAAUUGUUCUUGCUAUCUUAACGUGUUUUUCUGAAAUGCAAAGAUUUUUCAGAAUAAAAAAAAAAAAAAAUAA